AUGCCUGUCCAACGUAAGAAGCCCAAGGCUAACGCGGAGCCACGAACGCCUUCAGUUCUUCUCGCAGACUAUCGCACCUGCUGGCUCGUCAAGAGUAAUGCAGCUUCUAUCGACAUCGUGGUCAAGCAAGAGGUUUUUGUUGUGCACAAGAGCGUCCUCACGAAGAGCUCCGAAUACUUCGACACGUGCCUUAACAAGCCCGGCUUCAAGGAAGCCUCCAACAACAAGGUCGUGUUCGACGACAUCGACCCCAAGUACAUGGGAUUUUAUAUUGGUCUGGCUGCCAGCUUCGCGACCAUCGUGCGGCAUACACCACCGAAACCCUUGGCAAACCCUGAGUCACAGCAUCCCAAAAACCACAUGCGAGACUUUGUCGAGGUCUUGAAACUGUGCGAUCGGUUUCUGAGCAGAGAAAUGGGCAAAUUCAUGACCCAGUGUCUCAAGGUAGCGAUUGGGGACGCCCAUCGGACGCUCUUCCGAACCGGGAAUGACAUUACGCUGCAGAAGAUGACCACGCAGGACUUCGCCGACGCAUUCGAAGCCUUGAUUCUGGAGCAUACCGCUCAAAGGGAACUGGGCAACCUCAUGAUCCAAUACUUCUGUGAUGGUGUGAACUACAAGGCUUGGACGCAAAUCUUGGACGCAAUGGUGAAUACGCCGAACUUUGUGGCCCACGUAUCCAAGGGCUUCGCGAGCAAGCUGGCCGACCAGGAUGCUCAUCGUUCAAAGAUCAAGCGCAGAGAGCUCGCCGGCCCGGCGAUUGACUGA